AUGGCCUCAACAGCGACAAAAACAACAUCAACAUCCACAACAACAAUCAAGACCGACGCUUCGUCAACCCUCAUCGGUCCUCUCACCACCACUUUCUCUCCUCCCAGCUCUUGCUUCAACUAUUUCCUGCCCACCAGUGUCGACCCGACGGGAGUAACAUCGUGGUGGCUCAAUCUCGGCCCUCUCAAGACCGCCGACUGUCUACCUCCUGGCUGGGGAGCUUCAGCCUGGUAUUCCCCGGCAGUAUGUCCCACCGGCUAUGCGGCCAUUGUCGACAAAAUCGUCAACAGUGAGACCCAAGCCGUGUGCUGUCCAAACUUCGACGGCCAGACCUAUACCACCCGCAGUCAACCAGACAACAGCGCCGACUUUGCCUACUGGCACUCGACAGAGCGAUGCUAUUCGCUUCAAACCACCGGCACCUCACUCAUCAACGUGACCAGACCGGCCCUCGACGAUGCAACCACCAGUGAAUCCACCAAAGUAAUGACAUCCGGCGAACUCGUCAACGCCUUUGGUAUCUCCGUCCGCUGGAAGGAUGGCGAUCUUGCAACUGCCCCUGCGACGGUCUCAGCUACCCCCACCGCCACAAGCUCCUCCGAAUCAUCUUCCUCCCCCAUUUCCGCCUCCAACACAGGUCUAUCCAGUGGCGCAAAGGCAGGCAUCGGCGUUGGUGUUGCCAUCGGCGCGAUCGCCAUCAUCGCUUUCGCACUGGCUUUCUUCUUCCUCCAGCGAAAGAAGCGGAAGGCCGCGGCCGUGCCUGCGGGUCAACCAUACAUGGGAGGUCCAGGUUAUUACGCCCCUGUGUACGAGCAGCCGUCGCAUAUGGAUGAGCUGGCUGCUGCUAGGCAAAAGGCCGCUACUGCGUAUUAUAAGCCUGAGCUGUCUGGGGAUGCGGUGAAUACUAUGCAAUCGCCGCAACCGGCUGAGCUUCAUGCACGGACGACGCCGGUUGAGAUUGAUGGGGGGAAUGCGCGAUAA